AAUUUGAAAGCAACACAGCGAAGCCGAAAGCAAGAGAAGUCUCAAAGGGAAAGAAAUCAAUAGAAUCUGGGAGAGAGAAAACUUGAGAGAGAGAGAGAGAGAGAGAGAGAGAUUGUGGUAUUUGGGGUCGACGAGGUGGCGACCACAGACGCUGAAGAAGGAGAGACGCACAACAGUCGUCUCCAAGUGUUUCUGUCGUCGUUGUUGUCGAGCUUUGGAGGAGUUUUUGGCUAUAACACUCAAGAACAAGAACAAGAAAAAGAAAUGGCCUCAAGACCUAUUGUUCCUCUGCAACAGCCCGGAGGUGAAGGGAAACUGAAAAAUAUGCCAGUAGAAGGAAGGAAUAGGCGGGUUCUCCAAGAUAUUGGUAAUCUGGUUGCUAAGAGAGCUGUGGAAGGGAAGCCUCAUCAUGCUCAGAUUUCUCAGAACAAUGCAAAGGAACUGGCUAAUGCACAAGCAGCUGGUAAAGGCCGGGCAGCAACAAAGGUGGUUGUACCUAAGAAGAUUGUAAUCAAGAAGAAGCCCAUACCCGAGGAGGUGAUAGUGAUUAGCUCUGAUGAAGAGGACGAGGGUAAAAAUGCUGGUGGAAGAAUAUCAAGAGAAGGUUCUACAAGGAAGAAUGGAAAGACCUUCUCUUCAACCCUUACUGCCAGAAGCAAGGCUGCUUGUGGACUCACCAAGAAGCCAAUCGAGAACAUCGAUGUAGCCGAUGUCGACAACGAAUUGGCAGUAGUUGAAUACUUGGAUGACAUGUACAGCUUCUACAAGCACACUGAGUGUGCGAGUGUAGUGCACGACUACAUGGUUAAGCAGCCAGACAUAAAUGUUAAGAUGAGAGGAAUCCUUGUAGACUGGCUGAUAGAAGUUCAUCGCAAGUUUGAACUCAUGCCUGAAACCCUCUAUCUCACAAUAAACAUUGUGGAUCGGUUCCUUUCUGAGAAAGCUGUAUCUAGGAGGGAACUUCAGUUGGUUGGAAUAAGCUCCAUGCUCAUUGCAAGCAAAUAUGAAGAGAUUUGGGCACCAGAGGUCAAUGACUUCGUUUGCAUCUCAGACAAUGCCUAUGUGAAAGAACAGAUUUUGGUCACUGAGAAAGCAAUCUUGGAAAAGCUGGGAUGGUUAUUGACUGUCCCUACUCCCUAUGUCUUUCUUGUUCGAUAUAUCAAGGCCUCUAUUCCAUCAGAUCAGGCGAUGGAGAACACAGUGUAUUUCCUAGCUGAACUUGGUUUAAUGCACUAUCCUACAAUAAUUUCGCACUGCCCUUCCAUGAUUGCUGCCUCUGCUGUAUAUGCUGCAAGAUGUACACUUGAAACGACCCCUUUCUGGACUGAAACUCUAGAGCACCACACAGGCUACUCGGAAGAUCAACUAAAGGAGUGCGCAGAGGUCUUGGUGAGCUUACAUUCAGCAGCUGAAGAGAGCAAGCUGAAAGCAGUGUACAGGAAAUUCUCAGGUUCGGAUAGGGGCACUGUGGCUCUUCUCACGCCAGCCAAAAGCCUUUCAAGCAAACCAUUGAACUCCUUCUCAAGUUAGAUAGUUUGAUGGCACUUGUGCCACUGGUGUGUUAGAUGUGAGACAGUGUUGAAUAGGGGGAGAUCAUUUUGCUGUUAUGAUCAGUAUAGCUUUCAUUGUUGUUAUAUAAUCAUCUUCUCUAGUAGCUACAAAAACAAAGUGUUGACUUCGAGUUUUUUUUACAGUCAUUACUAAAAUUGAGCUUCAUUUGUGAUCAUUUUUCUAUACUAAUAGAAG